CUGAAACGAAGAUCAUUCAUGUAGUUCAUUCAGUUGAUAAAGAUAAAGGAAUAAUGAUAGAGAAAAACAAUUCUUGAUCAGUUUAUGUAUAAAUAUUCAUUAUAUAAUUAUAGUAGAAUGAUAAUAAUUAACCAUUAACUAUGAAAUCAUUAUGUAUAUUGUGUUUACUUAUUUCAUUAGUAUUCUGUAUGAAUAAUGUAAUGGAAGAUUCUACACAACAGUUACAGGUUCAAAAGGAUCUUAGAAGACGAAGUCAACCAAAUCUUUAUCAGUGUAUGGCAUGCGUAUCCGGUGUUGAACAAGCCAAAAAUAUAAUUAUAAGUUCAUCAGCAAACGUAUCAAUCAGUGGUAUAAUUAAAAAUGUUUGCAUGGGAAGUGGUCCAUUUAAUACCUCAUGUGGAAUGUUUGUGAAUGGACUUUUGUCAAAUAUCUUUUAUGUAAUCCAGGAAGUGAUACCACAUGAUUUGUGUGCUACAUUCGAUUUUUGUGAUUACCCACCUGAGAUAUCUGUUUGUGAAUAUUGCCUCAAAUCUGGACUUUCAAUCAAAUCAAUAUUAUUGUCGGAAACUUUUGUAUCCGAGUUAUAUAAUAAUACAUUAAAUAUGUGUAAUACACAACGCAAUCAAUCACUCAUUUGUGGUCCAUUCCUACAUGAUUUGUUCUUGGCAAUAACAUUGAGCUUCAAUAAACAAUUUCUUAUACAACGCCUUUGUCAGAAUGCUGGAUUUUGUUCAAAAGUAUAACACUUUCAAUAUGGAUGAAUAACAUUUCCUAAUAUAAUCGACUAUAAUAUGAAAUAUUGAUUAUUUUUCUGAUUACUAAACAAAUAUACUGUUGAAAUGUAAACAACCUUUUUGAUAGUAGUAUAGUAAAUUAUUAUCAACUUUCAAUAAAUCACUUAUAUUCAUGUAAUUUUAUUCUAAUUGUUUAAAUAGCUGUCUUCUAAAAUAAACCCCCUUAAAUAACUCUAGGAGUUACUUACUAAUUAUUGGUAAAUGAUUAUUAUACAGGUUGCUCAAUCAUUGUGAGUCAAUAUAAAAUUCUUCUGUAACUCAGAUACAAAUUCAUUAAAGAAUA